AAUUUUAUGAUCACUACCACCAAGUGGUUGUUUUUGUGAUACUGCAUUUCAUUGAGAAAACAAAAAUAUAACGUGUGAUAACACUGGUAUAUCGUGCAUGUGAUAGAGAUAUACCAGCGUUGAACUUUCAUUAAAACAAGAUAAAAUGGCAUCAUCUCGUAAAAUUAAGGUAGGGAUUGUUAGUGGCUCGGGAUUGGAUGAUCCAGAUAUUCUUCAAGACAGACAAGAAAAGUUUGUAGAAACCCCAUAUGGAAAGCCUUCUGAUGCUCUUGUCACAGGGAAGAUAUGUGGAGUAGAGACUGUAUUAGUUGCAAGACAUGGACGAAAGCACUCAAUUAAUCCAACAGAAAUCAACUCUCGAGCUAAUAUUUGGGCCCUUAAGCAAGAAGGCUGUACGCAUAUAUUGGCAACUACUGCAUGUGGAUCCUUGCGUGAGGAAAUUCAUCCCGGAGAUUUUAUAAUUCCUGAUCAAUUCUUAGACAGAACUACAAAGCGGGCUAGUACUUUUUAUGAUGGAGGUCCAAACUCUCCCAAAGGGGUGUGUCACAUCACAAUGCACACACCAUUUUGUCCACACACAAGACAGGUACUGAAGGAUGCAAUGAAGCAAUUGGGUUAUACCGUACACGAAUCAGGAACUGUCAUAACUGUUGAGGGGCCACGCUUCUCCAGCAGAGCUGAGAGCAAUCUUUUCCGUUGUUGGGGUGCUGACAUAAUCAAUAUGACAACUGUACCAGAGGUUGUUUUAGCAAAGGAAGCUGGAUUGUGCUAUGCUGCUGUGGCCAUGGCAACUGAUUACGAUUGUUGGCACGAUGAACAGGAAGCAGUGCAUUUGGAAGCUGUACUUAAAGUACUGAAAGAAAAUGGUCAAAAAGCGAUAGAACUGUUAAAAAAAGCAGUGGAGAUAAUUUCUCAGAAGGACUGGACAAAUAUACUUAAAUUUUAUGAGGAUGAAGUUGCUUCAUGUGUUUUACUACCUUAAGAAACACGUGGUAUUCUUUGUGGAGAUCAGCCUGGAUAUUUACAGCUGUGCCUGUAGUUUAACACCUAAUCCACACACCCGUAGCAUGAUAAAGGUUUCUUUUAUCGGUAUUAAUAAUCUGCAGAUCUUUAUUAAUGGACGUAUACUGCUAUAUUUUAACUCUACAAAUUGUUCUUUGGUUAUGGUUGGAUUUAUCACGAGCCCACACUAGUUUCGUUUAAGUAAGGAUGCUUCGGUUUCCAUUAUGCUAAGCAAGUACCAAUAAAACAUAGUUAUUUUAAUAUGCACA